AGUUUUUCACCGGCGGCCAAUUCUCGAGGUCUUCUCCAAGCAUUCCGUGCAUUCCACAAACCCUACAGACCACAAAAUGGGCAGAUUAAGGCGAUCCAGAACCCACCACGCCCGACGAGAUGUCCACCGUGCCGCGCGAACCCGAGUGAGGACCAAGGAUCUCGACCAGAUUGAGAUGGACCUCCGCCCUACCAACAGGAGCAAGCUUGAGAAGCAGCCUAUUGACGAGGACAAGCCUGGAUUGGGUCAACAUUACUGCGUCGAGUGCGCCAAGUACUACGAGUCUGAUCUGGCUCUCAAGAACCACACCAAGAGCAAAGUUCACAGGUUUGUCAUUCCCCGUUCUUGUAGAUCCCUGCUGACAGAGUCCAGGCGCCGACUGAAGGAACUCAAGGAGCCUGCGUACACUAUCGGUGAAUCCGAACGAGCCGCUGGUCUCGGGACCGACGACAAACAAAAAGGAGUGGACGAUGUGAUCAGAAAGUUUGAGGGAUUCAGCGGUGCUGCCGAGAGCUCUACAGCCCAGCAAUGAGCCAGAGAGUGUGGGCGAGGAUUGGACUUCUGACUGUUGUAAAUUAGCUGUGAUCUCUUCAUGCUACGACCUAGAUGGUACCGGGACAUCUGUCGAUCUUGCGAUGUCGAUCUUCCAGCUGUGACUCAUACAUUGUAAAUUCAAUAACAUUGGACACAGCUCACGAUUAAGCUCCACAGGAUCAAUAACAGAGUUGCCACAUCCGGCGGCUGUGCUGAGCGUCGCGACACAAACACCGCCACGAUCAAAAGCCUCGUGUCUGUUUACGUG